CCCAGCUGUCGGCUGAAUAGCAUUCACUGAACGUAUACGUUGUCACCUCAGAAAUCCAAUUUUCUCCAUGCUGGCAGUGGCUCAUAAGAUAGAAAUGGCGUUAAUUCUUGGUCUUUUAGCUAUUUUAUCUUUAAGCUCAUACGUGGAUGCAAACCAGAAACGCGCAAGUGAUUAUUUGAAAAAAGAGCACAGCCUGAUGCGCCCAUAUACAGUUGCAAAUAAACAUCCACAUCCUUACAUCUCUGCUCAGGUGAAUAAUGGUUCGGUACAUUAUGAUCAUGAUACCGAUGGUACUCAUACUGAGGUGGCGGGCUGUUCUUGUUCAAUUCGUAAUAAAAACCAUAUUACACAGGUUGCCAUCAGGUACUCAAGGCAAAGGCUGACCAUUAUGACAGAUAUUGAUGGAAAAAGUGAAUGGAAACCUUGUGUCGACGUGCCAGGAAUACAUCUUCCUACGGGCUACUAUUUCGGAGCCUCUGCUGCCACUGGAGAACUUGCAGAUAACCAUGACAUCAUAUCAUACAAAGUGUUUGAACUUGAGGUAGAGGGCGCUAAUGAAGAUUAUGAUUAUGCAAAUGUGAAUCCAAGUGCUGAUUUCUUUGCUCCACCAAGAGAUCAUGUCGAUGACCCUAAAGGCGCCUUCAAGAAUGUUACUUUAACCUGGAAGAAAAUGUUCCUUCUUGUUUUCUGUAUACUACUAGGUGUAUCAGUGUGCAUUAUCGUUGGGGUAUUAGUAUUUAUGAAAAGACAAGAACACAACAGAAAACGAUUCUACUGAGCAGCUUUUAUCAAUUUUAUAUGGUUUUCUUAUUUUUUUAAUCAUUAAAAAUGGUGGAAUUAAACAUCAUGAAGAGGGUUUUUUUUAAUAAGUUGCAGAAAGGGGAAAACUUUUUUUUUUCAUGAGUAUGGAUGCUGGUAUUAUGCAAUCUUUGCCAGUGUAAAGUGGAACAAGAUCUCUUUCAAUUAUAUAAGUUUACAGAAUAUAUUUUAACAUUACUAUUUGUUUUAUUUACCAAUUAUUAAUAUUUUAGUAUUAACAUUUUAUUUAAUAUUUUAUGAUCCUUUUUAAUAUAAGCAACUCAAAGAAAAAAUUUUUUUUUUCUUUUUUGUUAAAUUUAUUAUUUAUGGGAGUUCCAAAUUAUUUUUAUCAAAAUAUAUGAACUUUUGAUCAACAAAUUUGACAAACCACAAAAAAAAAACAUUACAACUACUGUAUGUCCAAAUAUAUAUACUGUAUAUAUAUAUUGAAAACAUACUCAUUCAUACAUCUCAACAGAAAGUAAACUACAGUAUUAACAAUGGAAUGUUAAGCAAAAUUAUAGAUUCAUUUAGUUAAGCAUUUUAUAAUGGUUCACCUGUAUUAUGAGAUGACAUCUCAACAGACAAACAGAAAAUAAACUACAUUUUAAUAACAAUGGAAUGUUAAACACACUUAAAGCAAGAUUGAUUUAGUUGAUAAGCAUUUUUAUAGUAACAUGCAACCUAUUCAAAUUUACUAAAUAGCCAUUACAAUUCACCCUCCAAUUCAAGACCACACCUUGAAACCUGAAAAUUUGGGGUGGUCUCAAGGUUCGGUCGCUGCAUAAAUUGUUAGCUUAGUGUUGAAAAAUUGAAGAUUGUUAUUUGGUUUUUUGAUACAGUGGUCUCGAAUUGGAGGGUGCAUUGUAUUUCAAAAUCUAAAAUUUAUAUCAAUGAAUUUCGUAGUUUAUAACAGGGAAUUGUUUUUAAGCAUGCGAGGUCUCACUACAAAAUAAGUCUCAUCGUUAGAAAAUCAAAAAAGGAGUUUAUAUUACAUUUUGGUAGAUCACAUUAUAAGCUUUAAUUUGGUCUUUCAAUGGCUUCCCUAGGAUAAAUA